CAGAGUCCGGAAGACAGUGCGGGAUGGGAGGGGGCGGAGCCAGAGCGGCGCGCCCAAUCGGGACGAAGUCUUGGCUGGCCCCGGGCUCUCGUGGGCUCACUCGCUCUAGGGAACCGGCACCAUGGCGUCGGGCUGCAAGAUCGGCCCAUCCAUCCUCAACAGCGACCUGGCCAACCUGGGGGCCGAGUGCCUGCGCAUGCUGGACUCGGGGGCCGACUACCUGCACCUGGAUGCACCCUGCUCUUCAGGGAGGUCAGUUUUUUGCAUUUUGUUCCCAACAUCACUUUUGGUCACCCUGUGGUCGAAAGCCUCCGGAAGCAGCUAGGCCAGGACCCUUUCUUUGACAUGCACAUGAUGGUGUCUAGGCCAGAACAGUGGGUAAAACCAAUGGCUGUGGCAGGUGCCAAUCAAUAUACCUUUCAUCUUGAGGCAACUGAGAACCCAGGGGCUUUGAUUAAAGACAUCCGGGAGAAUGGGAUGAAGGUUGGCCUUGCCAUCAAACCGGGAACUACAGUUGAAUAUUUGGCCCCAUGGGCUAAUCAAAUAGAUAUGGCCUUGGUAAUGACUGUAGAACCUGGGUUUGGAGGGCAGAAAUUCAUGGAAGAUAUGAUGCCCAAGGUUCACUGGCUGAGGACCCAGUUCCCAACUCUGGAUAUAGAGGUCGACGGUGGAGUAGGUCCUGACACUGUUCAGAAGUGUGCGGAGGCAGGAGCUAACAUGAUUGUGUCUGGCAGUGCCAUUAUGAGGAGUGACGACCCCAGAUCUGUUAUCAACUUACUAAGAAAUGUUUGUUCGGAAGCUGCUCAGAAACGUUCUCUCGAUCGAUGAAGCCACAAAGAACCUGGUUUCUGCUCAUGAAACCUUUUUUAUUGGAAAAGAGGAAUAUUGACUACCAAAUCACAUUGCAAUCGAAGCAGUGCUGCAUUCCAGAGAUUAAAAUCAUUUGGGCAGGAUGUUCAAGAGGUUAGAAAUAACUACCUUUUUAGUGAUGCCAUUUAGAGAUUAGCAUGAUAAGAAAUAUUCAUGUUUAUACUGGGAGAAUGGUUUUUGUAAAGAGUAAAAAUACGGUUUUGUUAAGAUUAGACAGAAAUACGUCUUAAUGCCUAAAGAGGAAAACUAGCUACUAUGACAAACAUUUUUCUGUAUUUUUACAAAAAGUGUUCUGUUGUUUCCCCAGUUUAUCCCUAAAGCAAAUGACAUGCAUAUUUUCUGUUUCAUGUCAUUUGUGAUUUGUUUAGACGCCUGAGAGAAUGAAUGGAAUGGGAGUAAAAUUAGAAGCUUUGGUGGGGUGGCAUGUCAUGGCCUGGCAUCUGAAACAUUUUUAAUCUUAUACUUGGUUUAUUAACAACUAUAAAAAUAAUGUAUGAAGCCUAGGGUUUCUGAAAUACAAGCACAGACUUUAUCAAGGUAUUUUCUUUGUCACAGCAGACUACUCGAUAAUUCCUUCCUGCCCCUGGUCACACAGUAUUAUGUGAAAUAAUACUGUUGUGUUAUCUGGAAGCAGAAAGAAACCGAAGUCUGCCUUGGAAGCUCCACUGGGUUGAAUACCAAGUUGGACCCAUUCUAGCUCUUUGAUCUUAGUAAAAUCAUCUAACCUAUUUUCACUAAAAACUCUUAAAUAUGUUGAAUGGAACCAUAACUACUGAGUUUGAGACUUAAAAGCAUAACAUAAUAUUGGAAAGUCUAUAGUUCUACGCUUAGACUGGAGAGGAUUCUCCACAAAUGGCAAGCAUUUUUUUUUUUUUUUUUACCUGUUUUGUGAGUUAUUAAGCACUUUGGAAUAAUCCCAUUAAUUCCUAGAUUAUCCAGUAAUUGUUAAAGCAGCUAUUUUUGUCCUAUCUUAAGACUAAAGAAAGUAGAGAUCUGCAGUGGGCUGGUACGUAGAGAGGGUCCAGUAAAAAGCAGUUUUCCGGUGUGUGCUACUUCUUUGACUACAAACAGCUCCUGGGGUAGGUUAAAAAAAAGAUUUUUACUUUUUUUAUUUUUAGUGUAACUUUACCCUCUAGUAAAAACAGUGAGUCAAGAAUACUCUGGAAAUAUAGCCUUUGACCCCAAAGAUAUGUGUGUGUGUGUGUGUGUGUGUGUGUGUGUGUGUGUGUGUGUGUGUACACAUACUUAAAUAUG